AUGAUUUACUUUGUUUACAUUCUUCCAAAUUUUCACGAGGAUGAUGCGAUGGGGGGGCGAAAUUCGAAAAAAAAGAUAAUAAAAUUGCAAUUCGAUAGAUCUGAACUGGCUGAAUACAAAGAAGCUUUCGAUAUGUUCGAUGAAAAUGGAGAUGGAAAAAUUACAAUGCUAGAGAUUAUAAGCAUAAUGAAACUGUUAAAUCAACCGGUGAAAGAAUCGGAAGUGUUAUUGAUGAUGGACGAGGUGGAUUUAGACGCCAGCGGUACAAUAGAUUUUGGAGAAUUCUUGUUAAUGAUGAAUACUUUCCAGCAGCACAAAAAGAACGAACAAGAAAUUCGCGAGAUGUUCAAUGCACUUGAUAUCAGACACACAGGACAAGUUACCCAUGAAGAUUUGAAAAUAGCAAUGGCUAAUAUAGGUGAAGAAUUUACUGACGAAGAAAUUGCAGAAAUGAUGGGAGAAGCUGACAAAAAUUGUGAUGGCAUCAUUGAUUUUAUGGAAUUUCAUCAAUUAUGUAUGGAACUCAACUUAUAA